AUGCUUAGACAACAAACUUCUACGCUUAUACGUGAAUAUGGAACUGGUGAGGUUAAAAGAAACAAUAAGCGUUACCCACAUUAUCUUAACUUUUACGAUAUACCGCCAAUGGACAAUAUUAGUAUAGAGGAAUUUGAGAAAUUUGCUUUAGACAGAUUACAAGUUUUGAAAGCUCUGGAAGCAGCAACAUUACGCAACAAACCAGAAAAUGAAGUUAAAGAGCAUCUCCAAGAACUUUCUAAACAGUAUCUUCCUAUGCAUUCUAACGAUUCCGAACGAGUUUAUCCGCUUGACGAAGAGAGACGCAAGGAUCACGUGUCUCAUUUUAUAUUGCGAUUGGCUUAUUGUAGGAGUGAAGAAUUACGAUCGUGGUUUCUUAAAUACGAAUACAUACUGUUCAAGUUAAGAUAUCUAACAGUAUCGACUAAAGAGAGACAAGAGUUUUUGAACCAUCAAAAUUUAACAUGGAAAAUCUUAAGUCGAUCAGAUAAAGACAUGAUGAAGGCAGACUUACAAGCCGCGUCUCCACACGUUGUUGUCGAUACAGAAACGUUUUUUGAGGUCGAGUUUGAAAAAGUGCUCGACAUGGUAGCACGUCGUUCUGUUCAUUUGCGUGGAGGCACAGCAUAUGUACCUAUAUCUGAUCAAGUGACACUUGUUAUGGAUGAAUUCAAAAAUAGAUUGGCAAAAGCUCUCGAGAUAACGGCGAAAGAGUUCCCUAAACUUGACGAGGAUGAUAGGAUUAUGCCAAUACUUAAUAAUAUUAAUAGAUAUUAUUUGGGAAACAGCUUUGCCAACUCCACGAAAGUUACUGGCAAUAUAACUGCGUUUGACGUGGAUAGGCUCGUCGAACACUUUCCGCUAUGCAUGAGACAUUUACAUCGAAAGUUACGCGACGAUAAACACUUGAAGCAUUACGGUAGAAUGCAAUAUAAUCUUUUUCUCAAGGGAAUCGGUCUUCCUUUGGAGGAAGCACUUAUAUUUUGGCGGAAGUCGUUCUCAAAAUUUAGUGAUGAGCAAUUUCAAAAGAAUUAUGCCUACAAUGUGAGACAUAACUACGGCAUGGAAGGAAAGCGUGUCAACUAUACCCCAUACAAGUACGUAUAUCCCGAGUCUAAACCUGCUGUUAAAAUACACUUUGCUCAUUUCGAAACCAAUGGCAGCUGCAGCAAAAUUAUCAAUAAUAACCAACCAGGACCGGAGGAACACCACGGAUGUCCCUUUCGUCAUUUUUCAGAAGAAAGCCUACGUGUAACUCUUGCAAGUGUGGGAGUGAGAAAUGACGCUUAUAUUAGGGAGAUUAUUAAUCUAGUAAGGAAUAAGCAUUAUCAAGUUGCUUGCACGCGAUAUUACGAAAUAACAAGAGGUGGCGAGCGAGGAAUGAUGGAUACAAUUGAACAUCCAAAUCAUUUCUUUGAACAAAGUUAUAAACUUAGCAUCAAGCAAGGUGACUCUUGA